CAGAAAGUCACAUUUCACUUUGACAAAACUAUGAGCACUGGAGAUUCAGAAUGCAAACAUUCAACGCUUUCAAAAAGGUCUGCCCUCAUGGCAAAUUGACAACUGCAUUGAGUAGUUACCACUUUGAUUGUGUGCCAGGUGAAUCUUACUAAGUAUGGGAGCCCUGGCUGACAGACAUAAACAGGGGUUUCAGAGAUUUCUGACUUCGGGGGACUGGCUCUGAGUUGGCUGCAGCCAGUGUACUGUGAAUAAAGGGUUAUUUCAUGACAGGAUGCCAGAUUCUGGGCAGUUAUUUCAGAUUAUAUGCAGAGAAUGUAAAUAACCAGACGUGUUAUCAAAACCUCAACUAGAAAGUACAAGUAAAAAAACAUAUAAAAUAAUCACCAGCAAUAGCUUUGCAAUAACAGUUACCACAACAACAGCACUUUCCACAGGAACAACCACCCCAGAGAAAGAACCCCACUCUUAGAACAAGUAAAUAUCAGAUGAACAGCCCACAACAAUGUGCAACAUUAAAUUACCUUCAUGGUUUAAGUGCAAUGCAUGCAAUACAUAUGCAGAGACUGAUGAAAAGACUAGAGUUGACACACUUUUCAUGAUUUUUUUGUUACCAUGCAUAACUUUAGCUUAAAUAACUUCUAACAGCAUUUUUUUUUGCAAAAAGGUUAAAUGUUCGGAGAAAUGUAAUUGUACCGAGAGUCUGCUAACUGGCUCGCUAUUGUCAUGUUUUCUCUACAUUUGCAACAAGCGUCUUUUACACACAACUUGUAACAUUCAUAGUGACCUUUGUGGUCGCAGUCAUAGCUUCCAUCUACAAUUGAAAGUUAUAUACCAACUUUAUAAAUUUAACACUUAAGUAUCUUGCUCUACAUUGCUAUAGAUAGAAUUUUGCACCUCGCCUUGCCCUUUUCCUUCAAUAUUUUCUCCCUACUAUAUUGUUUGUUUUCAAUCAAACUUCAAAACCACCAGCCAGCCCCCACACACUCAAAUUGGAAUUUGCAGCAUUUGCCAGAGUCGCCCUCUCGUCGUUCAGUUUAUUAAAUGUUUUCUUCAUUCUAAACCUACACAUGUUUAAUCGUGUUUCUGAGCUUUAAUCUUCUUAAAACGGUUUCGAUACUUCUCUCGCUAUUGCGAGGUCAGAUCCUGUUCUGAGCUCUGACUGAGGGAAGUUUCUUCCGCUGCGGCUGUAACUUGACACUGGCCUGGGGCUGUGCCCUGUGUUGGAGGAGAGGGAGAGCGCGGAAGUGUGUGAGCUGGGCGGAGUACAGGAUCAAGCAGCAGCGCCAUGUCAGCAGAAAUCACUGGAUUACAAUCAGGAUUCAGAAUACUGAACUAUUCUCUCAACCCAGAAUGUUGACUCCAGUGACACUAACACUGUUGUCAUCUUCUUUGGAAUGAAUUACUUCUGUACAGACUACUGCAAGCGAUUGGAAAAGGACACACAGUUUCUAACGAAUGAAGGAACACUCAGUGAAAAACUGGUGGACAGAAUAGUUCUUCAUCUGUAUAGAAUCUAUCCCCAAAUUCUGAAUAAUACAGAAGCUGAAAUGUUCAGAAAUGUAAAUACUCCAGUGUGCGUAAGAAUAUCGGAGCUCCUCCUUCAUCUGCAGAAGAAGAGCAACAGAGCAUGUAAGGAAUUUUAUAAUGCUUUGGAGACAAAUGAUGCACAGAUCUACAAACAAUUGCCAAGCAAAUACCUGGCCAGAACAAUAACAUCAAUGGGAAUUAACAUGGAUACCUACAAUAGGGAGAAAUACAUACUCAAUGACAGGGGUCCUGUAUUUUUUCUGGCUUGUUUUAGUGUGGCAGCAGGAUUGGCUUUUCUUCUGUAUUACUGUAAAGAAGAUAUUAAAGUUGAAAGUGCUGCGAAGAAGAUCAUAGGUUUCUCUUCUCUUGGUGUUGGAAGACGAGCUAGAAGAUAUCAAGAGCAGGUGGCACUUGGGAUACUACUGUACCAGUGCACCACAAGAGCCUUCUUAUGCUGCAGUUCUUCCUCAGUCUUGGAGCUGACCACAAUCCUGGAGCCAGAACAUUGUUCCUUAUAUAAGGAAACCGAAACUGCAAACAGUCCUCCAGGAAAGAGCUGCAAAGAUGCUCUGAAAAAUGGUAGGCUAUAUUUUACAAAUGAAGGAGAUCUCUUGUUAAAGCAGAUUAUUAUUUAUUUGACAAAACAGAGCCUCCUGUUCUGAACAGUGGAGAAUAUGACAGGUGAAGAUACAUCAAUUUUGUAUUCUUUUUGUCCAUCUUGUUUUAUUGUUCAGAUUUUUUUGUGUUAUUGCACUAUAUGUACAAGUGAAUAUAAACUCCACUGAAAACUCAUAUGCAGAUGAAUCAUUACAUUAAACAAAUUGAAAUAAAAUAUAU